UCCAGGAUGACAAUUUAUUUUACCAGGUUAGUCUCAAAACCUAUUUUGCAAGAGAGACCUAGCCAAAAAAAAGCAGCAUACAGUUUCAAACAUUUACAACAUAAAACACAAGCUACCGCAGUUUAAAAAUAUCAGUUUACAUAUUGAAAAGGCUAAUUGGUUUUGGGAGGAGUGUUUCAACAAGGGUCAAAACAUUGAUAUCCCCUAAAUCAUUUUCCACCAUAGUUUUUACCCUAGCUUUAAAUAAUUUUAGGAGUUUUCUCGGACUACAGUACCUGAUAAGAAUCUAAGGAAGAUAUGUACAAAAAAAUCCUCCAAGGUAACUAGCUAGCUAGCUUGUAAUCCUGGAAGUGUAGCUAACCCUAUCAAUAGAGAGUUGUGCCGCUGCAUACAUUUAAUAUAGGAGAAACACUGAACUCUCUUUUCGCUCGCUCUCUCUCUCUCUCUCUCAGCGGUGGCCAUUUUGAAUUGUGACCCACCAUGCGUCUGUUCCUGCGUCGGCGCUUGUCCCCCCUGAAGCUGGCCCUGGCUGGGGGAACUCUGUUCAUGGUGGUCCUGGUGGUCCUACAGAAGGAUAUGGGCUCCGGCUCCAACUCUGCCCAGGACCCCUGGUUCCAGGAUCUGGUGGAACGCAAGGAUCGGGUGCUGGUGAUGGUUCGAGGAGCAGUCAACAACCUAGGCUUCCAGAUCGGAGCUCCCCAGCCCCUUUCGAUAGAGGAGCAGCAGGCCACCCCAGACCGCCACUGUCCUCCAGGUCACUACAGUCAGGCAGAGCUGAAGCCGGUCCUGGAGAGGCCCCCACAGGACCCCCAAGGGCCUGGGGCCGACGGGAGGGGCUACGAGAAAAAGAACAUGACACCAGAGGAGGAGAAAGAGAAGGAAAAGGGGAUGACCGUUAACUGUUUCAACCAGUUCUCCUCCGACAGGAUCUCCCUCAGCCGUAGCCUAGGAGACGACACCCGGCCACCAGAGUGUGUGGAGCGUAAGUUCCGUCGCUGCCCUCCUCUUCCCACCACCAGUGUAAUCAUAGUGUUCCACAACGAGGCCUGGUCCACCCUGCUGCGUACCGUCUACAGUGUCCUCCACACCUCCCCUGCUGCCCUGCUCACUGAGAUCAUCAUGGUGGACGACGCCAGCACCGCAGAACACCUGGGCACUCGGCUGGAUGAGUACGUGAAGCAGCUAAAGAUAGUGAAGGUGGUGAGACAGCAGGAGAGGAAGGGCCUGAUCACUGCCAGGCUCCUGGGGGCCCGGGGAGCCCUGGGAGAGAUACUCACCUUCCUGGAUGCUCACUGUGAGUGUUUCCAUGGCUGGCUGGAGCCCCUGCUGGCUCGUAUCGUAGAGGAGCCAACAGCCGUGGUCAGCCCAGAGAUCACUACCAUCAGCCUGAAUGACUUUACCUUCAACAAGCCUGUAGCCACCGCUAAGGCCCGCAACAGAGGGAACUUUGACUGGAGCCUCAGCUUUGGCUGGGAAGGCAUCCCCGAGCAUGAGAGCAACAGACGCAAAGACGAGACCUACCCCGUCAAAACUCCAACGUUUGCCGGUGGUCUCUUCUCCAUCUCCAAGAAGUACUUUGAACACAUCGGGACGUACGAUGACAAGAUGGAGAUCUGGGGGGGUGAGAAUGUGGAGAUGUCCUUUAGGGUGUGGCAGUGUGGCGGCCAGCUGGAGAUCAUUCCGUGUUCCGUGGUGGGUCACGUGUUCCGUACCAAGUCACCCCACACCUUCCCUAAAGGUACUGAGGUCAUCACAAGGAACCAAGUACGACUCGCAGAGGUCUGGAUGGAUGACUACAAACACAUCUACUACCGACGCAACAGUAACGCUGCCAAGAUGGCCAAGGAGAAAGGAUUUGGUGACAUCUCGGAGCGUGUGAAUCUGAGGGAGAGGCUGCAGUGUAAGAACUUCACCUGGUAUCUGAAUACUAUUUACCCCGAGGCGUUCGUGCCAGACCUCACCCCUACCAAGUUCGGAGCGAUUAAGAACUCUGGUGCCCAGAGCUGUCUGGAUGUGGGAGAGAAAAAUGAAGGAGGGAAGCCACUGAUCAUGUACACGUGCCACAAUAUGGGGGGUAACCAGUACUUUGAAUACACGUCUCAUAAGGAACUGCGUCACAACAUAGGGAAGCAGCUGUGUCUACAGGCCAACCCCCAGCCAGACCAGGUUAAGAUUGAGCUCUGUACACUAAAGGGACUAGGGACUAGCGUGGCACCACAACAGGAGUGGCUCUUUACAGAGGAGAAUCUCCUCAAGAACCCACCAAGUGGAAAGUGCUUACUCCUGAAAGGGGGCCAGAUAGUGAUGAACGACUGUGAAGCAGCUGACCUCAACCAGCACUGGGCCUUCAGUUGACCCCUAACCUUCGACCCCUGACCUUAAGCAGAACUGAAGCUUUCACUAGACGUUGACCCCCCCGCCCCCCCGCCAGCCCACCCACCCAUAGAUGCUAUUAACAAACGUAUAGACCCUACCAAUCUACCUAUAGACUGGGUCAAGCAGGCAGUACUAGCACCAGUACUAGCUGAACCUGACAGGACAUGAGUCAUACUGCACUGGAGACCAUUGAUGACCUAAGUGGAGUGGACAGGUUGAAUAUAGAGUGCUGACUGUGCUAUGGCAGUGCACACCUAAGUGAAGGAUCUCAGGAUAACCACUUUUAACUAUAUAUUUAUGAUAAUAGAGACUCAUGAAUGAAGGUUUCUUCUCGUGGAGUGUGUGGACAGUGGACUCUGCAGCCUGGGUCAUGUUCAGUAGGGAGAAAAUGUUUUGGAAUGGAGUGAAACGGAGAGAACUUAGGCCUACUACCCAAACUUAUCCAGUAAGAACACAUAUCUUAGUUUUCUGUUGCAAAAUGUUUUGCCACUGUGUGCCCUACUGGACACGAUCCUGGAGUGGCAGGCGGGAGGUCUCUUCCAGACAACUAGGACCUCAACCCAGAAGUGCGUUCUCUUUUUUUUGUCUUAACUUAUCUUGUCAGGUAAUGAAUGUAGAUAUAGUGAAUGUUGUUUCUGUGACAAUGCAUAUGUCUGCCAAAGGGAAAGGUGUCCAUUUUUUUAAAUAAAGUUUUAUUUGUCAUACGA